UUAUUAAUCUACCGACGGCUUCCUUCACUCGCUCAAGUUAAGGGAACCCUUUUUUUUUCUUCCUUCCUCUCCCGCGCCACUGUUCCCUAGGAAGGGGGUUUAUCAUCCGUUCUCGAGAAUUGAUCACUCCUCCUCGCCAACCCGACCCCCCUUCACGACACGAUGAUAAUGAUGAGACUCAAGUCGGGACUGGCCGGGGCGCUGGCCUGGGGAACGACGGCGGCGGCGGCGGCGGCGGUGGCGAGAGUGGGAGCCGGCGCGGCCGCGAACUCGACCUACUACAACCCGAUCCUCCCCGGGUGGCACUCGGACCCGUCGUGCGUGCAGGUGGAGGGGAUCUUCUACUGCGUGACGUCGACCUUCAUCUCGUUCCCCGGCCUGCCCAUCUACGCGUCCCGGGACCUGAUCAACUGGAAGCACGUCAGCCACGUGUGGAACCGCGAGUCCCAGCUGCCCGGGUACAGCUGGGCGACGGAGGGCCAGCAGGAGGGCAUGUACGCGGCGACGAUCCGGCACCGCGAGGGCGUCUUCUAUGUCAUCUGCGAGUACCUGGGCGUCGGCGGCAGGGACGCCGGCGUGCUCUUCCGGGCGACGGACCCGUUCGACGACGCGGCCUGGAGCGACGCCCUGACCUUCGCCGCGCCCAAGAUCGACCCGGACCUGUUCUGGGACGACGACGGGACGGCCUACGUGGCGACGCAGGGCGUGCAGGUGCAGCGCAUGGACCUCGACACGGGCGCCAUCGGCCCGCCCGUGCCGCUGUGGAACGGGACGGGCGGGGUGUGGCCCGAGGGCCCGCACAUCUACCGCCGCGCCGACCACUACUACCUCAUGAUCGCCGAGGGCGGCACGGCCGAGGACCACGCCAUCACCAUCGCCCGCAGCGACCGGCUGACGGGGCCCUACGUCUCCUGCCCGCACAACCCGAUCCUGACCAACCGCGGCACGGACGAGUACUUCCAGACGGUCGGCCACGGCGACCUCUUCCAGGACGCCGCCGGCAACUGGUGGGGCGUCGCCCUGGCCACGCGCUCCGGCCCGGAGUACCGCGUCUACCCGAUGGGGCGCGAGACCGUGCUGUUCCCCGUCACCUGGCGCGAGGGCGACUGGCCGGUCCUGCAGCCCGUGCGCGGCGCCAUGUCGGGCUGGCCGCUGCCGCCGCCGACGCGCGACCUGCCCGGCGACGGGCCCUUCAACGCGGACCCGGACGUGUACGACUUUGCCGGGGGGGGAGCCGAGGCGGGGGAGGAGGCGAUGCCGCGGAACCUGGUGCACUGGCGGGUCCCGCGCGAGGGCGCCUUCGCGACCACGGCGCGCGGGCUCCGCGUCGCGCUGGGGCGCAACCGGCUCGACGGCUGGCCCGGGGGCGCCGAGCCGGCCGCCAGGGCCGUCUCCUUCGUGGGGCGCCGCCAGACCGACAGCCUCUUCACCUUCAGCGUCGACCUGGCCUUCGCGCCCGACGCGGACGGCCAGGAGGCCGGCGUGACCGCGUUCCUGACCCAGCUCGCCAACCUGCAGCUCGGCCUGGUCCGCCUCGACGGCGGCCAGCUGCGGCUCCGCUUCAACGCGUCGGGCCACGUCCGCGAUACCGCGGUGCCGGAGGAGUGGACCGAGGUCGGCAGCUGUGACGGCGGUGACGACGGCGGUGACGGCGGCGACGGCGUCGUCCGGGUCCGGCUGGAGAUCCGGAUGGCGGCCGAGGACCCGAGCUCGUACCGGUUCGCGGCCAUGCUGGCGUCCGACCCGGACCCGGACCGGACCCGGAUCGAGGUCGGCACCGCGCCGGCCGAGCUGCUCAGCGGCGGCUCCGGCUCCUUCGUCGGCACCCUGCUCGGCGUCUACGCCACCUGCAACGGGGCCGGGGAGGGCAUCGACUGCCCCGCCGGCACGCCCGACGCUUACUUCACCCGGUGGAGGUACACGGGCGAGGGCCAGUUCUACACCGAGACCGAUCUCGUCCCGCCCGACGAGGGCCAGGGCAAGGGUAAAGGUAAAGGGAACGGUAAAGGCAAGGGCAACGGCAACGGCAACGGCAAAGCCGCCAAGAGAAGCAGGUUUGUUGGUUAAGAGGGUCAAUGAAUAUGACGAUGUAAAAACCUAUUCUUUGC